AACACCGCACCGCGGUCGGAGGCGCGCUCGUCUCACAGGCACAGCCCAGAGCCAUUGCAAGCGCCAAAGGGUGCACACGGGGACACGCAGCGAGAAAGACCGAGGAAGAAAAGCUGGGUCUCUUCUACCUUUUCACCUCGCCUCAUCGCUUCCGUCUUCUCCCUCUCCACUUGGAUCGAUCUCUCGAAACUCGGCAUCUCUCCCGAACUGCACCGUUCGCUCGUGGUCCGUCCGUGCUGCCGGUGGAGUGGAUCUUUCCUUCGCCUCGGUUGGUGCAAGUGAUGACCCCAAGGUCGUAGCUUGGUGAGCGGCGGUUGCACCACGGCGCGCGGGGAUAGGGGGAGCGUCUCCACCGGCGUGGGCUUGCACGUUUCUUGCGAUGGAUUCCGGCAACAGCGGCAGCCUGCAGUCGUCCAGCGGCGGCGACGAGGAGUUCGACUCCAGAUGCGGUGGUGACUCCUCGCCGCUCUCCGCGCUGCUUCGGCAACCGCCACCGCCGUCCGUCGCGGCCUUCGGCAGCUCCUUCUACGGCCUCCAAGGGCUCGCGAGGCCGCCGCCGCCGCCGCUGUCUAACUGGUCGACGACGCCCAUCCCAGCCGGCGCUGGUGCCUCGCCGCCGCAGUCGUCGUCGUGCCAUGGCGUAGCAGCCUCUGCCGACCAGGCGGCGGCGGCCAAGCCGGCCGUGGCCCCGCCGCUAAGGGGGUCGAGGAAGCGGACGCGGGCGUCGCGGCGCGCGCCGACGACCGUGCUCACCACCGACACCUCCAACUUCCGCGCCAUGGUGCAAGAGUUCACCGGCAUCCCCUCCCCGCCCUUCGCCGGCGCGUCAGCGCGCUCCCGCUUCGACCACCUCUUCCCCUCCCGCUCCUCCGCCGCGGCCGCGAGCCCCGCCACAUUCCCGCCAUACCUCCUCCGCCCCUUCACACAGAAGCUCCACACUUCCCCCUACCCGCCCUUCACCUCGCCCUUCACGUCCUCCCCGGCGCCGGCCAACAUCGCCAUUGCGGCUUCCACCGCCGCGUCCGCCACCCCAAGCGCCACCGCCGUGGCGUCCAGCGACAGCUAUCAGCUCGCGUCCGCGCAGUCCACUCUUCUCGGGAUGCAGGACCACAGCAGAAGAAACUACCUGUCUUUCCAGAGCCCCCUCGGCGCGGAGCUCGAUGGCAACGCCAAGUACCCCGCCCACCCCUUGUUCGACCGCGGCUUAGCUCCGUCCGCGCCGAGGCUACAUGAUCCGGCCGACUUCUCGGGCCUCACAUCGCAUGGCAUCAUGGGCUCCGUGGGAACGACGCACAUGCACCAGCGAAACGGUGGCCACGGCGGCGACGAGCUGUCCAGCCUGGUCGGGGGCGCAUCCGUUACCGGGACCGGGAGCUGCAAGGCGACGUACUCGCCCGGCGCCGGCUCGGCCGCCCGCGCGACGCAGCUGCUGGAGCGCAACACGCAGAGCACGUCGGCUGCAGUCGCCGCGGCGACAACGACGACGCCGGUGGCGGCAACGGCGGCCAUGAGAACGCAAGGCGCGGACUCAUGGAUCUGUACAUCAGAGUAGGCUAAAUUUUACUUGCUUCUUUCCGAGAAUCCAAGUACAUGAUGAGAGCAGAUUGAUUAUUCCGAGUAGCUCUUUAGCUUUUAUUAUUUUCACUUCCUUAAAUCACUCAAUUACUUCUUGCUGUUCUUCCA